GGGCCGGCUGCUUUUAUUUUGACCUCAAAACGUCCUCUUGUUAGUUUGCUGCCAUCCAUGAAUCCCCCAGCGAAUAUGGACCCGCAAGAAGACCACGGGAUAAAACAUGACCCGACCUCAGCACGUGCCGCGAACAAGGGCUACAUGCCGAUUGAGCACUAUGGACUCAUCGGAAACAUGAGGACGUGUGCUCUCGUUGCUACUGACGGUGGCCUGGAUUUCAUGUGCUGGCCAGAUUUCGAUUCCCCGUCUGUCUUUUGCAGACUUUUGGAUAAAGACAAGGGCGGCCACUUUACUAUUAGCCCCACCCACUCCAAAAAUAUCACCACAAAACAGCAGUAUCUCCCCAGCAGCAACAUUCUCCAGACGAGAUAUCUCCACGACGAAGGAGUGCUCAACCUGGUUGAUUUCUUCCCACGUCCCGACACCAAAUCCUUGCUGCGACACGUCAGCAGCGGCGCCCCGCUGAAUGCGAUAAAUGGUCCACUUGAAACCACCAACAAUCUGAAAAAGUGGCUCGUCCGUCGGGUUGAAUGCAUCAGAGGAGAUGUUGACGUGGAUGUGGAAGUGUUCCCCGCUUUCAACUAUGCCCGAGAUAAGCAUACAACAGAGAUUAUCAAUGAGAACCGAAGAAUUGAAGCCGGUGAGCUUCCUCAGCGGGUGAUCUUUAAGUCUGAAGGCAUCGCGCUGGAACUAAAUGCCACCUUGGACUGUGGCGACACUCCUAAAUACGGCUGUCCCGCAAUCUUUUUCAAGAAGAAAUCCGAAGAGACAUCUCUUGGAGAGGGGAUCACGGCAACAUUUCACCUGCAUGAGGGCCAAGCUGUGUCCUUCAUCCUUCGCGAUAGUCCGAGGGCAGACCUUGGUGAACCCACUGAACAUAUUACCACUGACCUGCUCGAUCGAAUCCAGAAAGACACACAAAAGUUCUGGUUCACAUGGAUCUCCAAGAGCAAGUACAAGGGCCGAUGGCGAGAAGUCGUGUCGCGCAGCCUGCUCCUGCUAAAGCUGCUCACAUACGAGCCGACAGGCGCCAUUGUCGCGGCGCCCACCUUCUCCUUACCCGAAGACUUUGGCGGGGCGCGCAACUGGGACUACCGGUUCAGCUGGGUGCGCGACAGUUCGUUCACCAUCUACAUCUUGCUACGAAUGGGCUUCAAGGAAGAGGCCGAGGCCUACAUGUCGUUUAUGACGGAUCGUUUCCGACAUUCCCGCACGAAAGAAGGCGCGUUGCCCAUCAUGUUCAGCAUUCGGGGAGAUACAGACUUGCCGGAGAUCGAGCUCGAGCACCUCGAGGGCUACCGCGGCAGCCGGCCCGUCCGCAUCGGUAACGGCGCGGCUUUCCACAAACAACUAGAUAUCUACGGCGAGCUGCUCGACGGCAUCUACCUGUACAACAAGUAUGGCAAGCCCGUGUCGUACGACCAGUGGUGCUCAGUGCGCGAGAUAGCAGACUACGUAUGCACGAUCUGGCAAGAGACGGACAUGUCGAUCUGGGAAGUGCGAGGCCGCACGCAAAACUUCGUCUACUCGAAGAUGAUGCUCUGGGUAGCGCUAGACCGCGCACAGCGGCUGGCCGAGAAGCGCGCCUUUCCGUGCCAUCAGCGGCACGAAUGGCUGCGCGUGCGCGACGACAUCUACGAGGACGUCAUGCGCCGCGGCUUCAACCAAAGCCUGAACUGCUUUAUCCAGAGCUACGAGGAAAACGAGAUCCUCGACUCGGCCGUCCUCAUUGCCCCGCUGGUCUUCUUCAUCGCCCCCAACGAUCCGCGCUUCCUGUCCACGCUGGACCAGAUCUUAAAGCCCCCCGAGAAGGGCGGCCUCACGAGCACCGGGCUCGUCUACCGCUAUAACUGGCUCAAGAGCGACGAUGGCGUCGGCGGCCGCGAGGGCGCCUUUUCCAUGUGCACGUUCUGGCUCGUGGAAGCGCUGACGCGCGCCGGCGCCUUCGACAAGAAAUACCUCGUCAAGGCCAUCAACAUCUUCGAGAACAUGCUCUCCUACUCGAACCACCUGGCUAUGUUCUCCGAGGAGAUCGCCCGCUCCGGCGAGCAGCUGGGCAACACGCCCCAGGCCUUCAGCCACCUCGCCCUCAUCAGCGCCGCGUUCAAUCUCGAUCGCGUCACGGGUGGCUCGGGCGGGGUUUGAGGGGGAGCAGAGUUGUGCGUUGUUGGUUUGGUUUGGUUUGUCUGGAUGGGAUGGGAAGGGGUUUGCUUGCAGGUUAGGUAGGUAGGUGCUAAUGCUGACUAUGCUAUGUACGAGACGGUAAUGAGGAAAGCAAGCGAGUGUAGCUUUAGGCACCGGAUAAUUUGCCCACCCCCUUAAGAUAUUUUGCCCACCCCACGUGAUAGCAUCUACAGAGUUAUAUAAUUUUUUUCUACUCUUUAAAAUUUUAGGUCUCUAUACCCUUAUAAGCACCUUUAUACCCUUCGGAUAUUUUAUUUUUAAACUCUCGUGGAUAGUC